GAGACGCUUCUUGUUCCGGGUCGUGUUGUUUUGUUAUGCUAAGUGAAAAACGGGUUUAAGAGCGUCACGUUGUAAAUACACUCGUAUUUUGAGGUUUGGGAAACAGAUCAGGACGCGAUGCAAAGACCACAGUUUCGCCAUCCCCGCCAGGGCUCUGGUCCGCGGGCCGCAGGCUUCCGCAGCCCGCCUCCAGCCUUCGACAGGACAGGGAGUAUGUUUCCAUCGCCUCCGUGGGCAUUUUCAACCCCACCGGCGCCGUUUGGACCUAGAUUUGGACAGUGUUCUCCCAAUACCCCACCGAGAGAGUUUGGUGGUAACAGAGGCGGCGGCGGUGGUGGUGGUGGGAAGUAUUUUAGCGGUCAGUCUCCGGCUCAAACCCCGCGCAGAUCGAGCCCCAGUCCCCGCGGCGCACCGUUCAGACGCUCGCCGUAUGAGAGUCCCAGACGACACUCUGGAUAUCAGGGUUCACCACGGACAUCCACACCGUUUGGGUCAGCGCAUGGCAGGGAGAGAGGGACAAAUGAUAUGGAAAAAUAUUACAAACCAUCAAUGCUCCAAGAUCCCUGGGCUGACCUACAGCCCAUCUCAGUUACACAAACUCAGUCUAAAUGCAACUCCAAACAAACCAAUACAAGCAGACAAGGGAGGUACUACAAUUAAAACUUUAUCUAACUUCAGUGAGAGGGAAAAAGUCACUGAACAGUCCUUUUUUAUUUAGUGCACCAGUAGUGCACUAAAUUUUUAAAGUCAAACGGAGCCAGCCGAACACAUGGACCUGAGGCAGGAUUCACCAGCAAUAAUUCUUGAGAAACUGACUUCACAACAUUUUCUAAAAUCAUAUGUACUUGCUUGUUUAAAGAGACAUGCUCUUUUACUUUUAUAUCUGCACCUCAACGACAGGAUCAUAAAAAUGGGGUGCUAUUGUAACUGGCAGCCUAUUCAUAGUAGUUUGCCAUCUCUGGCCCACUCCCAUGGAGUUUGUAAAUCCUUCAUUGAAUUCAGAGGAAUAUGUCUUCAAGCUCAAAAUGCAGUCUAACAAAAGAUGUCUGAUCAACACAUCCAUCUACCUCUCAAUAUUGACUGUGUGCUGUUAACUAGAACAGGUCAGGUCAAGUAUUUGUAAGUUUGGCUCCUUUACUAAUUUUUUAUGGACUGUUUAUUUUGUUUUUGUACUUUUUAUUUUUGGUGACUUUUUUUGGUUUUAUCACAGUCUAUGAUCAUUUCAACAGACUGGCAACAGACAUUGUAAUCAUAAACAGCCCACAAAUAACUAUUGUUGAAUUAUAAGCCAAAUAUAAUUAAAAGUUGUAAUGCAAUACAGUCCUUGUCAAAAACAUUUGAAGUUGAAAUCUGUUAUGCUUUAUUUACUAAAACCAUGUUUAAUAUCUUCAAAAUUAAUCUUACCAUGGAUAAUGUAGAUAAAACACCGUAACAUUACUACACAUCUCUGCAAGUUGUAAUUCAGUCUUUUCUGUAGGCAUUACGUUUUUGCUGUACAAUAUACCAUAUGAAUCUCAUAUUGGAGGUCUACAAAAAUAGAUUUUAUUAAUGUAACAGAAACAACAUUUUACAUUUUAAGUUCAGUAUGCUUAAAUGUUUGCAUUUCAUUUUCAUUCAAUAUUCAUAUCACCAUAAUUACUGUUGUAAUACAUUACAUAAGUGCUGUCAGUUUUUUUUUUUUUGUAUUGGUUGUCAGCUAGUUCUUUCGAUAAAGCUUAUAAUUUGCCCUUACCCGAUUUUGAAUUCAGAUUUCUGCAGCGUUUUGCCAAGAGACGCCCAAAAUAUAGAAUGAAAGUGUAUCUAAGUGUAUAAGAAAGACUCAUACAAUAGAGGCUUAUAUUAAAAUGUCUUGCAUUGUAAACUCUUUUUUUUUUUUGGCGCUCAAAGACAGUCACUUUUUAAAGUAAUGAGGGGUCUCUUGAGGCAUCAGCUGUUGAUAUGUCAGCAUCAUUGCCACAUGGCAGGCUUACCGCACAAACAGACCAAUCAAGAGUUUGUUGAGGGAUAGUAACCCACUAUGACUGACUAAACAAAGGGAAAGAAAAACUUGCAUAUGCCACAGUACACACACAAAGAUUUGGGUAGACAGUCACAACUUAAAAGAAGUUUACAGACAGUUAAUAUUUAAAAGAAACUGUAGUUUUAGCUGCAAAAGAAA